UGGUCGUACACAGGCGCAAAGAUGCAGCGAGAGAGGACGACCAACGCCACGGCGGCUGAAAAGCCCGACCGGGAGGCCGCCAUCAUGUCCAAAUACUACGAUGGAGUGGAGUUUCCUUUUUGCGACGAGUUCUCCAAAUAUGAAAAAAUGGCCAAAAUAGGACAGGGGACCUUUGGGGAGGUGUUCAAAGCAAAGCACAGACAGACUGGGAAGAAGGUCGCGCUGAAGAAGGUUUUGAUGGAAAAUGAGAAAGAAGGAUUUCCAAUCACAGCAUUGAGAGAAAUCAAGAUCCUGCAGCUGCUCAAACACGAGAAUGUGGUCAAUCUGAUCGAGAUCUGCAGAACCAAAGCAACACAGUUCAAUAGAUACAAAGGCAGCAUCUACUUGGUGUUUGACUUCUGUGAGCAUGACCUGGCUGGGCUGCUGAGUAACGCCAAUGUUAAGUUCACCCUGGCAGAGAUCAAAAAGGUCAUGCAGAUGCUGCUUAAUGGACUGUACUACAUCCACAGAAAUAAGAUCCUCCACAGAGACAUGAAGGCUGCCAAUGUGCUCAUCACCAGAGAUGGCGUUCUGAAACUGGCAGACUUUGGAUUGGCCCGAGCCUUCAGCCUGGCUAAAAACAGCCAGGGCAACCGCUACACCAACCGUGUAGUGACACUCUGGUACCGACCUCCAGAGCUGCUGUUAGGUGAGCGGGACUACGGACCUCCCAUUGACCUAUGGGGAGCAGGCUGCAUCAUGGCAGAGAUGUGGACCAGGAGUCCAAUCAUGCAGGGCAACACAGAGCAGCACCAGCUCACUCUGAUCAGCCAGCUUUGUGGCUCCAUAACUGCUGAGGUGUGGCCUGGUGUGGAUAAGUACGAGCUGUACCAGAAGAUGGAGCUGCCUAAAGGCCAGAAGAGGAAAGUGAAGGAUCGCCUCAAGGCCUACGUCAAAGACCCUUACGCACUGGACCUGAUAGACAAGCUCCUGGUCCUUGACCCGGCACAGCGCACAGACAGUGACGACGCGCUCAACCACGACUUCUUCUGGUCCGACCCAAUGCCAUCAGACCUGAAGAACAUGCUCUCCACCCACAACACCUCCAUGUUUGAAUAUCUGGCCCCGCCCCGACGGAGAGGCCACAUGCCCCAGCAGCCGCCCAAUCAGAACAGAAACCCAGCGACCACCAGUCAGACCGAGUUUGAUCGAGUGUUUUAGUGGUUGAAGUUGGUUUGGUUCGAAUGACUUUUAAAAAAAAAAAAAAAAAAGGUGACAGCACUAGUUCACGGACAGUUUGCCUGGUUGGACUUCUUGUUUGCUGAUUGUAUCUUCCAGCCGGCCUAAUAUUCAGGAAAGCUCCAUGUUUCUUUUCUGGUUAAGGUUUGUUGAAAAGGUUUGUUGAAAACUGGAAUGUUCAAUUGUGUAUUUCUUUGUACGAUUACUGUUCUGUGUGAGCGUUUACAGUCCUUUUCCUGAGUGCAGGAAGAGGACCGUAAAUUUUAAGCGGAACCUUUUCUCAGCCAAGUUAUUACAUUGUGGCUUCAUGCUUGUUUUGUUCAUCUCUGCAGACAUGGUUUGAGUUUGUUCACCUUUAUUGAGCAAGGCCUCUGUCAUAGUUUUAAUUUAGAUCUAUAAAGUUGUGAGUCUUUUCACACUUGUUUUUCUUAAAUAGAUUUGUAUGAAAAUACCGUCUACACAGUGGAUUGAGAAAGAAUUUACUUCCGUCCACUUUUUCACAUUUUAUGUGGUACCCUUAUGGUAACUAAUUUUGUCCCUCAUCAUUCUUCACUAACAAUAUGAAAACAAAUAUUUUGAAAUGUUAAAGGAUAAAAUUCUGCUUUUUCUUGAGGUAUAGAUUGAUGAGGGCACAAAAUGAGCGCAAAUGACUUCAUCAUAAAGCUGCAACAUAAAAAAAGCUGAGGUCAGUGAAGGAGUCUGAAUGCUCUCUGAAAACACUGUUUACAGACAUUGUCGUGUUUUAAUCUCCUUAUUUAUGUUCAGCAACACCAAAACGUUUAUCUCAUCACAUCAUUAAACUAUUUUCUUUUCCAGAGACAUGACCAACAGUCCCUUAAGACAAACAAAAUACAAUUGUACCACUGAACAGAUAAACACUUUUUGAAACAUUUACUUUCA